AUGCUGUUGGUUGCGGACGUCACCCACGCGACUCGCCAAAAAGGUGUCAGUGAAGACUUGAAGAAAUCGGUCGCCGCGGUCGUUGCUUCAAUUUCAUGCGAUCUCAUGCGAUAUGUGGCCAUCGUUCGACAACAGGAUCAAAUAAGGGAGGGCAAAAGCACUCGAGAGGAUAUUGAUGGAAUGGAGGGUAUCUUUUCCGACCUCCUGAAGACAUUUGCGAAAAACAAUAAUGAUCGUCUUCCAACGAAGGUGAUUGUCUACCGAGACGGUGUUUCGGAAGGCCAAUUUAACAGGAUUUUGGAUAUUGAGCUCUCCGCUAUGCAGCGAGCCUGUUCUAAUCUUAGACCUGACUAUGAACCGGGCAUAACAUUUAUUGUGGUGCAGAAGCGACACCACAUCAGAUUUAAUCCCGUGGGGAGCCGAGCGAAAAAUGUUCUACCGGGCACGGUGGUUGACACGCAAAUAACUCACCAUCGUGAAUUCGACUUCUACCUUUGCUCACAGGAUGGUAUCCAGGGGACGUCAAAGCCUGCCCAUUAUCACGUUCUCUACGACGACAAUGAUUGGCAGUCGGAUGAUUUGCAACAAUUCACGUAUUAUUUGUGCCACGCGUAUAUGCGGUGUUGUCGCAGUGUGUCGUACCCGGCACCAACGUACUACUCGCAUUUGGCAGCCUUCCGUGCACGCAAUUGGCUGAAAUUUGUGGAAAAUGAGACCAUUAUAAGAGAUAACCGCUUCACAAUUCAUCCUGGACAACAAGACCAAAUGUUCUUUUUGUGA